UCAGAAAAGAAAGUGCAGGGGCAUUUUCAUCUGCUACAGCCAAAGGAGAGUGUUGCGUACAACACUGAAGGAUAAUCACGAGAGGGAGAGAGAGAGAGAGCAAGAGCGAGAGAAGGUUUAUUAAUUCAUGCAGGAGGGGAGGGAUAUUUCUGCUGCUGACUGAGCUGGUUCCAGCACUGCCUGUAGCAUUUUGCUUGUGAGCCCAUCCAUACACUGUGACCGUGACAGCACUCAGAUCAGCCAGGAUUUGACGCACAGCAUCACCUGAACGAGCAGAGAUUGAAAAUUUUAACUUCGGUGGAAAGGUCAUCACUUGCUCCUCCAAGUGCACCUGUCAUCUUCCCAUCACAGAGCUACUCCAAUCCCAGCCCCAACCGGUGGUGCGACACACCUCACCUUCACACUGCCCUCGUCCUUGUGUCCCUCCUUUGUUUCGCAACUCCACGUCGGGGACGCCAAUUCACCAUCUGCUACUAAGAAAAGGCAGCAUGAUCAUGCCAGAUCGUACCAUCUUCUUCUCAUACCUCACCUGAGGACGAUCAGCGUGGUUCCCCCGGAUCGUUGUGAGCGCUCUGACCGGCGAGAUGGGAGACUGGGUGUGUCUGAGCCCAGCCGAAUUCUCCCAGCUGCAGCAGUACAGUGAGUAUUCCUCCAAGAAGCUUAAAGAUGUCCUGGAAGAGUUUCAUGGAAAUGGUGUCCUCUCCAAGUACAACCCUGAACAGAAGCAAGAUGUUCUCAACCAACCCAUCGACUAUGAGGGCUUCCAGCUAUUCAUGACAACCUAUCUGGAGAAUGACAUCCCUGAGGAACUUUGCAAACACCUCUUCACCUCCUUCAAGAGCAAGAAUGGCGGAGGCAGCUCCCCUGACACCUCUCGAUCUGGAGCAGGCAUGCUGGGUAUGAAUGGGAAGAGUAUUUUGAGUGCUAUGAGCCGACAUACACCAGAGAACUCAGCAGGGAUCACUCCAGGCUCAGGGGCCACCACAUCACCCUGCUCCUCCCGCUCCUCCUCACAACGCUCAGGUACAGGGGGCCACACACCCAGAGGCCCCCACUGCUCACCCGGUAUGCAGCCCAAUCCCCCAGCGAGCAGCAGCAGCAGCAGCAGCCAUGCUUUGGCUCUCUCCAAGACUACCAAUUCCCCGCGCCUCUCCCCAGAGCGUAAUCAAUCAGAAAAUCGUACUUCUCUCCGGAGGAGUCCUUCUCCACAAAAAGGAUCUCCAUCACCCCAAGUGGUCUUCCUUAAAGACAUUGUGUGCUACUUGUCCCUGCUGGAGAGGGGGACGCCAGAGGAUAAGCUUGAGUUCAUGUUCAGGCUGUACGACACAGAUGGCAAUGGUCUGCUGGACAGUUCGGAGCUCGACCGCAUCAUAAACCAGAUGGUCCAUGUGGCUGAGUAUCUAGAAUGGGACUCUACAGAACUACGACCAAUUCUGAAGGAGAUGAUGGAGGAGAUUGAUUAUGACCGGGAUGGAACGGUCACAUUAGAGGAGUGGAUCAGAGGAGGAAUGACCACCAUACCACUCCUGGUCCUGCUGGGAAUGGAGACGAAUGUAGAGGAAGAUGGGCAGCAUGUAUGGAGACUGAAGCAUUUCAACAAGCCAGCAUACUGUAAUUACUGCCACACUAUGUUGUUAGGAGUAAGAAAACAGGGCCUUUGCUGCUCACUAUGCAAGUACACAGUCCAUGAGCGCUGUGUGUCCAAAGACAUUGCUCCUUGCAUUAGCACCUACGCCAAGUCCCGCAGACACACCAAUGCUAUGCAGCAUGUUUGGAUGGAGGGCAACUCCCCAACAAAAUGUGACAAAUGUCACCGCAGUAUCAAGUGCUAUCAAGGUCUAACAGGCCUUCACUGUGUUUGGUGUCAAAUCACUCUCCAUAACAAGUGUGCGUCUAAUAUAAAGCCUGAAUGUGACGGUGGGCCAUUAAAAGAUCACACACUCCUGCCGUCGUACAUCUGCCCUGUUGUUCUGGACCGUCAUUCUGCCGUCAAAAGAGGUGAAGGAGAAUCAUCCCCCAGUAACAGCCCUGAGGACACCGGCCAGUGUUUCAAGGUCACCGGUGACGGUCAGGCACUGCAGAUCACGCCUCUGCCUGGGACGCACCCCCUCCUCGUGCUGGUUAAUCCUAAAAGUGGCGGUCAGCAGGGAGAGAGGGUGCUGCGGAAAUUCCAGUACCUGCUUAACCCCAGACAGGUGUACAGUCUGGAUCGAGGAGGACCCAUGGCGGGGCUCAACUUUUUUCGAGACGUGCCCAAUUUCCGCGUGCUGGCCUGUGGAGGCGAUGGAUCAGUGGGGUGGAUUUUGGACUGUAUUGAUAAGGCCAAUUUUGCUCGGCAUCCGCCUGUUGCGAUCCUGCCACUGGGUACCGGGAAUGACCUCGCUCGCUGUCUGCGCUGGGGUGGAGGCUAUGAAGGAGGCAGUCUGGUCAAGUUCCUCAGGGAUAUCGAGCACAGCACCGAAGUGCUGCUUGACCGCUGGAACAUCGACAUUGUCCCUGACGAUAAGGAAGAGAAGGGCGACCCUGUGCCCUACAGCAUAGUGAACAACUACUUCUCCAUUGGAGUGGACGCAUCCAUAGCACAUCGCUUCCACUUGAUGAGGGAGAAACAUCCAGAGAAGUUUAACAGCAGGAUGAAAAACAAGUUGUGGUACUUUGAAUUUGGCACCACAGAGACCAUCUCAGCCACUUGUAAAAAGCUGAACGAAUCCAUUGAGGUGGAGUGUGAUGGCAUCAUUUUGGAUCUCAGCAGCACGUCUCUGGAGGGUAUCGCUGUGCUCAAUAUUCCCAGCAUGCACGGGGGCUCCAACCUGUGGGGCGAGACCAAGAAAAGACGGAAUUACAAUCGCAUGAGUAAGAAAGUGCCAGAGAGAAUGACUGGCAGCACUGUCACCGAUGCCAAGGAGCUCAAGUUUUGUGUGCAAGAUCUGAGUGAUCAGCUUCUGGAGGUGGUGGGUUUGGAGGGAGCCAUCGAGAUGGGUCAGAUCUACACAGGCCUUAAGAGCGCUGGGCGGCGUCUUGCACAGUGUUCCAGUGUCACCAUCAGGACGUCCCGUCUGCUGCCCAUGCAGAUUGAUGGAGAACCGUGGAUGCAGCCUCCAUGCACGAUACGGAUCACGCAUAAGAACCAGGUGCCCAUGCUGCUGGGACCGCCACAGAAAACAUUCUUCUUCUUCAAGAAGCGCAACAGAAGUCGGGACUAGAUGUGGGACUCCAAAUAUCAACCACUUUUCUACAAUCAUACACUCAAGCAUCUCCACCUUCCUCAGCUAAUUCUUCAUCUUUGGGAGGUGGGACCCAAAGAGAAGAGACCUUUCAAACACAACACUCAAUACAAUCAAUACAAACACAACACUGUAAUGGAUCUAUAAUGGACCCCAUCUCCCAACACAGCCUGAUAUUCACAGGCUGAACCGGUUGAACAGACCCUCUCUGAGUGUCAUGACCACUUCCUGUGUCUUAUCAUCCAGAACGUCUUAUCACAGGCUUGUGACCUGUAAGCUAUGACUCAAUUCCAACCAAAUCCCCCCCUACCAGUAGGCCACUGCCUUGGGAUCACACUGUGUGCCCUCUCCCUCCUCUUGAGACGGCUCAUCAGAAGAUACUGCCAAUUUCAAAGAGAGGAAGAGAGGACCAGAAAAGCAAGAGACUCGCCCAGCAAAAGGAAAAGAAGUGUGUUCAAGUGAAAAGAGAAGGAGAGCGAGAGACAACCUAGCACGAUAAUGUUCUUCACAUGAGAGUUGGUGGUGCACAUAUGGACGUCACUGGGCCCUGGCUUAGCCUAGCAGGACCAGGGAACAAACUUUCCUCCUAAAGGAGCUUACUGAAUUAUACAUCAGUGCAUGCAAAGCACUCAUUCCAGUGCCUCUCCAAGGCCCUGCGACAUGCCACCACUAAAGAGAUGAAACAGCAUACUCAUCCAUUAUGAAUAUGUUUAUGGGGGUCUGCUGAUAGGGAUAAGUUAGACUGGCCUGAAAGAGAUGAAACAUUUCAGCUUCUGGUGUUUGCUCCAGGCAGUUUUGGUGUUCACCCUCAGGCCGCAAAACUGACCAGUGCAAGUUUUGUUAUAGUUAGCUGGAUGUUUAUUUAAUCCCGUACUGCCCUCUAAAACAACAGUGCUAGCGUUCAGCAUGGAGAAUGGACCUAAGGUCUCAAAAAUGCAGUAUAAGUUUAGAAAACCCUUAGAAGAGAGAAUUAGUGUACUAAAGCAGUUUUACCAAUGAGCAUUUAUAUCGUAGCAAUUUCUGCAAUAAUAUGAUGAUUUUAUCAUAUUUUUUAAGCCAAAUCAAAAUAGCGUGCCAUUAAGUUUGGGAGUAGAUUCUGUCGAUAAAAAAACAUCUUACGCAUCUGUUGGCUAGAUUCAGAGGGGUCUGAGAAUUAUUCAACUGGGAGACUUGCAGGUAACCCAGCUAGACUAGCUGAAGACCAUCUUAAGACCAUCUUAAUAGCCUUUUCAUACCAACACAAAUGUACGGCACAGAAAUUCGUUCCAGUUUUCACAUGUGAUUUGUCUGUUCAGACCAAUGCGAAAAAUGGAAGAAUGACUGAAUGAAAAAUGCAACUUCACUCUAUGACAGUAGGUGGCGCUUAAAUUAGUUUUAUUUAACAGCAGCGACUCAGGGCAUGUGAUCAAAAAAGUGAGAAUCAUAUCGGUUGGCUGGUUUUCUUGAUAAUGCAAUCUAUUCAAAAACAGAUUAGAACAUCUUUCUGAAAAACAGAAUUUUCGCACUAAACAUUCGUCUUGGUGUGAACAGGUCUUACACCAGCUAAGACCAUCAAACCAGUUUAGGCCAGUUUUAAGCGUUUUUUUUUACAAAAGGAACAUUAAGGACAUAAUGGUAACACUUUAAGACAAGG